AUGAGUGACUUUGGAAUCAAGAACAUGGAUCAGGUAGCUCCUGUAUCUAACAUCUACAGAGGAAUGCUGAAGCAUCAACCAGCAUUUGACGUCUUUGAUGUCACAAACUCUUUGUUUGCAGGAUAUUUUCCCUCAUUAAAUGAAGAUCAAACCCUUCAAGAAGUACCAACAGGGUUUGAUUCAAUUUCUUAUGAGUCAAACAGCUGUGAAUUGCCUCUCUUAACCCCAUGCAGUAAGGCUGUGAUGAGUCAGGCCUUAAAAGCUACUUUCAGUGGCUUCGCAAAGGAACAGUGUCGUCUGGGUAUCCCGAAUAAUCCUUGGCUGUGGACUGAACAGCAGGUUUGCCAGUGGCUUUUCUGGGCUACCAGGGAGUUUAGUUUGGCAAAUGUGAACUUUCAUCGGUUUGUCAUGAACGGCCAAGACUUGUGCAGCUUGGGCAAGGAACGUUUCUUGGAGCUAGCUCCUGAUUAUGUAGGCGACAUUCUGUGGGAACACCUGGAACAGAUGCUAAAAGACAGUCAAGAGAAGAGACUGGACCAAUAUGUUGAAAACUCUCAUCUUACCUCAGUCCCACACUGGGUCAAUAACAACUCAUUAAGUUUUAAUACAGAACAGGCCCCUUAUGGUAUGCAAAUGCAUAGCUACCCCAAAGUCAGCCUCCUGAGUGACUUAUGUCAGACUUCUGCAGGACCAAAUCUCCUCAGCCCAGAUCAAGAAUUUUCCAUGUUUCCCAAAGCUCAGUUAGAGACAGUCAAUGUGAACUACUGCUCCAUGACCCACGACUUCACAAACAAUCUGAACUUGCUGAUAGAUAACUCUGGUAAACCCAGAGAGCAUGAAUCCAGUGACAGUGGCACAGAAAGUUAUGAAAGCACAGAUUCUCAACUUCAGUCCUGGAACAGCCAAUCAUCUUUAGUGGAUGUACAACGUGUGCCCUCUUAUGAAAGUUUUGAAGAUGAUUGUAGCCAGUCUCUAUGUCUGAACAAACCUACAAUGUCUUUCAAAGAUUACAUUCAAGAAAGAAGUGAUCCUGUAGAGCAAGGGAAACCAGUUAUACCAGCAGCAAUUCUAGCAGGCUUUACAGGCAAUGGACCUAUACAACUGUGGCAAUUCCUUCUGGAGUUACUAACAGACAAAUCCUGUCAGUCAUUUAUUAGCUGGACUGGAGAUGGAUGGGAGUUUAAACUUGCUGACCCAGAUGAGGUGGCACGACGGUGGGGAAGGAGGAAAAACAAGCCAAAAAUGAAUUAUGAGAAACUAAGCCGAGGCCUGCGCUAUUAUUAUGACAAGAACAUCAUCCACAAGACGUCAGGGAAACGCUACGUGUACCGGUUUGUAUGUGACCUACAGAACCUGCUGGGGUACACGGCAGAGGAACUUCAUGCCAUGCUGGGAGUGCAGCUAGACACAGAAGAUUGA